CCGACCCAUUAUUGUAAAGUUUUAGAAACAAAUUAAAUUGUUUCCAAAACCCAUCAUGACGUGUUGAACCCUUUCUUUAAAAACCUUGUUUUCUGUGAACAACCCUUCUCUUUCACCUUUCCGUCACCACUUCCUACUUCAUUCCCUCUCCCAACAUUCUUCAGCUCCCAUCAUCAUCAGCUUAUCCCCCACCUGAACUUUAUCAACGAAAUCGGUAGAACAUCGGCACGAGGGUGACAGUUCUUCUCGUUAAAUACGCAACCGAAACCUAAUAAAAGAAAGUCGGGAAGAAGUUAUUUUGAGUUGCAGGGAUUGAUGGGUUUGGCGAAUUUAAGCUCAUGCAAAGAGCGUUAUGAAGAAAUACAAGAAAAGAGUAACCAGAAAAGUUCAGAGUCGGAUCAGAUUUUGGACAUGAAGUCUGAUAGCUUCACAGUUGAUAUGGAACCUCUCUCUCAUCAUAGCAACAAAGAUCUCACCCAUAGUUCAAGAAUUAACAUGGAUAGGAGUCUAUCAAGAAAAGGGUCGCAAGUAAGGGCUGAGAAGAAGAUGAAUUCGAAUUCUCUAGUGAAUGAUAGCAAUGGAGAUACUAUUCCCACACCUAAAGCUGCAUUGAUGGCGGGUACCAUGCCAGAAAAGUUGAUGUUAGUGAAACCGAACACUGAUCAUAUCCUCGACCCACAACUACACCAUCAAAUCACCAUCAUGACCAGUGGCAACACCACCACAACCAAAGCUGCCGGAGCACCACUCAAAAGCAGUCUUUUUGGGAAGAAAUCAAGCAGUUUUAAGCUUUCCUCCAUUAUCAAUCCAAGAAGAAUCCUCUUCUUCUUUGCCACCUUGUCAAGCAUGGGAACCAUCCUAUUGAUAUGUCUCACGCUCUCCAUGGCUAAGUACAAUGAAGAUGACAACUCGCACGCAGCAAACCAAACAUAGUAUCCAUAGUGUUUAUGAGUGGUGGAUUUUUUUUUUCUUUUUUUGUGACUUUGCUGCUUUGUUUAUAGAAAAGAAGAAGACAAGGAUGAAGAGCACUACGACAAAGAUUUGGAAUCUUCUUAUUAAAUUAGGAGUGAUGAUGAAUGGUGGAAGAGAUCAAGUAAAAAGCGAUAACAAUGACAUAUUGACAUGGGUCUGCAUGCCUUUUGUUUGGUGCUAAAAAGUGUAGUCUUUUUUUUCCUCCAUACCAUUGUGUAUAUCCAUUUCUGCUUUUUGAAUUUGCAGUUUAAUUCAAAUAGUUCUUCCAUGUGAGUUGGGAUCGAUCAGUUCAUGGUAUAUAUUUAAAGAAGUUGAAAAAAUGAAAUUAAAUGAAAUGAAAAGACUCAUACCCGGAUUUUGUAUCUUGAUCAGACCAAGAAACGGAAAUUUGAUCCACAAAAAAAAUCUUAUUUGUUA